UUGUUAUCUUCUUCUUGUUCUACUUCACUCUCUGAGUAUACCGAGAAUGGCAUUGGCAGCUUCACUUUCACAUGGCUCAUCUUCCUUCUUACAUGGAGAAUCUUCAAAUUCAAACUCGAAGUCAACUCUUUUCAUGGGAGCUCCUCUCACCUUCUCUGUCUCUACUCUCUCUGGUAAACAAUCAUUUUCACAAAAGAAACUUGUCGUCCAUUCCAGGAAGAUAUCUGGUUUGGAGGAGGCGAUGAGAAUAAGGAGAGAACGUGAGCUUCAAAGUAAACCAAAAUUUAGGAAAAGGCCGCCUUUGAGGCGCGGAAAGGUAUCACCUCGUUUACCUGUGCCUGAUCACAUACCAAAGCCUCCUUAUCUAAGUUCAAAUAUACUGCCAGAACUUUCCCCUGAGCACCAGAUUCACGAUUCUGAAGGCAUCACUAAGAUGAGGGCUGCAUGUGAACUUGCUGCUCGAGUCUUAAACUAUGCAGGAACUUUGGUUAGGCCAUCAGUGACGACAAAUGAAAUUGACAAAGCAGUGCACCAAAUGAUCAUAGAGGCUGGUGCUUAUCCUUCACCUCUUGGUUAUGGAGGAUUCCCCAAGAGUGUCUGUACAUCUGUUAAUGAGUGCAUGUGUCAUGGAAUACCAGAUUCUCGCCAACUACAGGAUGGUGACAUAAUAAACAUUGACGUGACAGUCUAUUUAAAUGGUUAUCAUGGAGACACAUCAAAGACCUUUUUUUGUGGCAAUGUCAGUGAUGCACUUAAACACCUUGUGAAGGUAACUGAAGAGUGCUUGGAGAAAGGCAUAGCUGUUUGUAAAGAUGGCGCUAAUUUCAAGAAAAUCGGAAAGAGAAUCAGUGAGCAUGCUGAGAAAUAUGGUUUUGGUGUAGUGGAGCGUUUUGUUGGCCAUGGUGUAGGGACAGUAUUUCAUUCUGAGCCGAUCAUAUUACAUAAUCGCAACGAGAAACCUGGUUGCAUGGUUGAAGGUCAAACUUUUACAAUUGAACCAAUUCUUACAAUGGGAAGCAUCGAGUGUGUAACUUGGCCUGACAAUUGGACAACUUUGACAGCUGAUGGCAGCCCUGCUGCUCAGUUUGAGCAUACCAUUUUAAUUACUAGAACUGGCGCUGAAAUUUUAACACAGUGUUAAAUUUUUUUUUUUCCUUUUUGGAUACAUCUAAUUUUUUGGCCCUAUUAUUCAAAACUGUACAUACAUAGUGAAGAAUGCGGAGCAGCUUCCAUCCAUUCAGCUCAUUUAAGUUUUGAAAUGGUUCAAGGUUGAUGAUUAUGCCCUUUUAUUUUAAAACAGUCUCUUUUGAUUGUUUUUUGCUUGGAAAAAGCUUAGAUUGUGUUUACCGCAGUGGUUGAAUGAGUCAAGUGAGGUUGCUUUCCUUCCCAUUCACUAGAACAUAAACCUAGUUUUGUAACAAGAAUAUUCAUUAAACCCU